AUGAAUAAAAUAAAUACAACUUUAGUAGUUUUAAUUUUAAGUUUAUUUAUUUUCAAUUUUGUAGAAUCUUAUGUUCCACCAGAAUGUAAUUCAUGUGUUGGUAGAGGAUCACCUUGUGAUAUGGGAGUACCAAAACUUUGGGAAUUGGUACAACCAUCUGGUAGUUAUGUUGAACUUAGAGAUCUUGAAGGUCAAACACUUGCUAUUGAUGCAUCGAUUUGGAUUCAUUCUUUCAUAAGGGCAUUCAAAGACAGUCGAGGUGACCCCGCAGAGAAUGCACAUCUCUUGGGUUUCUUUUGGAGAAUAUGUAAACUACUACAACAUAGAAUAAAACCGAUAUUCGUAUUCGAUGGUAAUAUACCAUAUUUAAAACAAAGAACAAUCAAUGAAAGAAGAAAGAGAAGAGAGAAUUCAUUGGCACAGUUGGAGAAAAAUCAAAGAAAGAUGGUAUUGCUAAAGACAAUAAAAGCACAGAUCAACAAAUCUAGAGGUAUUAUCGAUGAGCAGCAAUUCGAUCAUCUGUUCAACGACUUGGAUCAUCAGGAGGCAGGCGGUGACACCUAUGACUUUGACAAAGAAGAUGAAGUCGAUAGUGAUCUUGAGAUAAUUGAUUACGACAGCAUCGAUCAUACCAAUAUCUCUCAACAAACUUUACCAUCAAAAGAUAUUAUUGAUAAACUAUUCAACAACAACAACAAAAACAACAAUAGUAACAAUAAUAAAAAUAAUAAUAAUAAUAGUAUAGAUAUAGAUAGUUUUAACAAUAAUAAUAAUAAUGUAUUUCAAAUUGAAGAUGAUUCAGACGAUGAUUAUAUAAAUAAUAAUAAUGAUAUUAGAAAUGUGGAGAGAGUGUUUAUGAUUGAAGAUGAUAACUUUAUUGGUGAAUAUGAGUCACAGUUUGUUCAUAAUUUCAACUCUGACGAGAUCGAUCAACAAGUAUUCAGUCAACUACCGGAAGACAUACAGAUUGAAGUUCUCAGUCAAAUGAAACAAGAGAAGAAGUUACAAGAUAAACUAUCAUUAUUAACUCCACCAAAAACACCGAUUGACUUUUCAAAACAUCAAAUCGGUAGUCUACUGGAGAAAGGUAAACUAACGAGAAAGAUCAAUGAAGUUAGAGAACAUAUGCAAUCUGAAGUCAAGGGUGUCAGUACUGAUGGUGACACUGUAUUUAUGUUACAUAAAACACCUACACCUUCAAAGAGCAUGGGUAAUAACAACUCACAAUCAAACACACCAUUCUCAACACCUUUGAAACCAAAUUCAUUGAGUGGAAGAAUAUCAAGUGGAGCUACAAGUAUAUCACCUAAAUCAAAGAAACAACCAUCUCAAUCAAUACAUUAUGAUUCAACAUCACCAUUUUCAAAUGAUAAUGAUAAUAAUAAUAAUAGUAAUAGUAAUAGUAAUAAAAAACAACCAAUAACAAGUAUAUUAAAUCAAAUAAGUGCAAAUAAUUUAAAUAACAACAAGUCAUCAGCACAAUCAUUAGUUGUUGACAAGUCAGAUAUGUAUUCAAAGUUGGAGAUGAUGAUUAAUAGGAAGUCAUUCUUGGAACCGAAAUCAAAGGUGGUGACAACUACGUCUACUACACCACCUCCAACACCAACUACACCGCCAAAGACAACGACAACGACAACGACAACAACCACUAGAAGUUCAUUAUUAUCAUCAUCAUCUUCUUCUUCUUCACCAAGCAGUUCGUCAAGAUUACAACUUACACCAACCAACAGUAAAUCAAUGUUUGGAAGUGGAAGUAGUGGUGUUUAUUAUGGUGAUGAAGAAGUAGUAGAUCAUGUCGAUAGCAGUUCAAAGAGAAAUCUUUUGGAUGAAUUGUUUGGUUCCGUAAAGAAGAAGAAUAUAAGAGAUAGUGAUCAAUCUGACUAUUCAGGAAACAAUAAUAACAGCUAUGACGAUGUAGAUAUUGACCUUGGUAAAAAUAAUAAUAAUUAUCAAACUAUUGAUGAUAAUGAUAAUAACAAUAACAAUAGCUAUGACAAUAAUGAUGACAUACCAGAUUUCAAUCAGAGAAUCAUUGAUAGUGAUGAUGAUGACAUUCCAGAUUUCAAUCAAAGAAUCAUUGACAAUGAUGAAAAAGAUAGUUUUAAGAAUAAUAAAACAACAACUACUAAAUCACCAUCUAAACCAACAACCAUAUCAACUGCUCAAUCAUCAUUCAAAAUAAUAAAUAACAAUAAUAGUAAUAAUAAUAGUCAAGAUGAUAAACCAAUCAAGCAAAAUAACAACAACAACAACACUAUUAAGAAGGAUAAUUUAAGUAGUAGUGAUGGUAACAUUCAAGAUGACAGUAUUUUUAAUGUCAAUAGCCAAGAUGAUAGUAAUAGUAGUACACAAAGCAAUAUUAAUAAUAAUAAUAACUCUAAAAAUAACAAUGAUAAUUGUAAUAUUGAUAGUAACAAAAAAGUUUAUCAACCAAUAUUAGAUAUAGAUAAAGCGAUCAAUGAGAUUAAGAGAAAACAUAAUCUUAAUAAUGAAAAUGUAAAUAAUCAUCUACAUGAGGAUGACAUAGACGAAUUUGUAAAUAAUAAUAAUAAUAAUACAACAACCACAACUACAACAACUUCUACAACAAAACAAAAAUCAAAGUUUGAUGAUAUAGAUAUAUUUGAUGUUAACGAUGAAAAUAAUAAUAACGAUAACGAUAACGAUAAUGAUACAAGUGUAAAUAAUAAUGAUGAUAAUAAUAAUAAUAACAAUAUUGACAUAGAUAAUAAUAAUAAUAAUGGAGAGGUUUUUGUUAGAGAUGAUGGAGUUGUUAUCAAUGCACCAAAGUUUAAUAGUUUAGAGUUGAGAAACUACAAGGAGGAAGAGAGGUUGAGAAAGUUGGAGGAAGACAAUGCCGCUAGGAGUAAGACCAAACCUAUCUUUGAGUAUUUCACAUCGAAGGAAGCAGAGACACUCGACAAGGAACUAGAGUUGGAGAAAAUCAGUUCAUCCCGACAGAUACUACAGCAAAUCAAGAGUAUCAAGACGAUAGACGACGAUAUUCUCAGAGAAUGUCAUGACCUGCUCUCGUUGUUUGGCAUACCGUUCAUAACGUCACCGACGGAAGCAGAGGCACAGUGUGCAGAGCUGUUUGCUCUCGGGCUGAUCGAUGGUGUCGUAACGGAGGAUAGCGAUACCCUGUUGUUUGGCAAAUCGAGUGAUAUGGUGGUGUACCGUCAUCUCUUUCAGCAGCCAGAGAAAUACUGUAUGUCCGACAUCGAGAAAACGAUCGGGGUGAAUCGUGACGAUCUUAUCAACUUGGCGAUGCUACUCGGCUGUGAUUACACUGCCGGUGUCAAGGGUAUUGGUAUUGUCAAUGCAAUGGAGAUCAUCAGUGAGUUUGAUACUCUCGAGGAGUUUGCCAAGUUCAUUAGAAAAGAUUAUGGAAGUGGAAAGAAGAGUAGUCGAGAUAAAGAUAAAGAUGGAGAUAAAGAUAAGGAUGAAAACGAUGAAGAUUUAGAUAUCUUUAAUGAAGAAAGAUAUAGAUUCAAGACAUUGUUGAAGAAUAUAAAGUUACCGGAUUCUUUCCCGUCGGAACAAGUUAGGUUGGCAUUCCAAAGUCCCGAUGUCAAUCUGUCUAGUGAGGAAUUUACUUGGAGUUGUCCGGAUUUAGAUUCACUUAGGAAGCUGACUCGUGACAAGUUUGGUUGGGAUAAGCUAAAGGUUGACAAUAUACUCUUGCCAAUACUAAGGUUGAACAACUCUACGCAGCCAUCUAACAAUGCCGAUGACAGAGCGAUAACAAGUGGAAAGACGGCAUCGGCCAAUGCCAUUCCAACAAAGUUCAAGAGUAAGAGGCUGACUGAAGCUAUCGAUCGAUUGAUCAGUCAAAAGGGUGGACAAUCAAUACCUAGAAUUGCAAGUAGCAGUAGUAUCAGCCGAAAAAGAAUACCAACCAAAAGAUCAACUCCAACUAAAAAGACAACAACUCCAUCGAAAAAGACAACAACUCCAACCAAAAGAAAAUCACAGAAAUCAAAUGAUGAUGAUGAUGAAGGUUUUGAUGAUUUCAAUUUACUUUUCGACAAUGAUGACGGUAUUAAUAAUGGUGUUAAUCAAGAUAGUUUAGAUGGUCCAAAGGAUAUCGAUAUUGAUAUGGAUGGCCCAAAAGAUAUUGACAUGAUCGAUGGACCAAAGGAUAUUGAUAUGGAUGGUCCAAAAGAUAUUGAUUUGGGUGAUAUCAAUGUAGACAAGAGUAAUGAUAAUAAUAAUAAUAAGACAGAUAAAGAGAAGAAAAAAGAGAAAGAGAAAGAGAAAGAAAAGAGUAAAGAAAAAGAAAAGAAGAAAGAGAAAGAAAAGAUUAAAGAAAAAGAAAAAGAAAAAGAGAAGGAAAAGAAGAAAGAAAACAAUGAAAAGAGUAAAAAGAGAUCAAACAAAAGAAAAGAGAAUGUAAAUGAAGAUGAAGAAGAGGAAGAAGAAGAUGAAGAGGAACUUGAUAGUGAUACUCAAUCAAAGAAAAAGAAAACAUCAAAAUCUAAAUCAACUAAAAAUAGAACACCGCCAAAGAAACAAAGAAAAUCUGUUACAUCUAAAAAGAGUGAAUAA